UUCAUAUCACUAGUCCAUCUAGUUACUCUUUGAUUUAGCAAUGACUGUAUGUAACAUUCGAAACCGGAACCUUCUUGUUCAUCGAGCUGAAUUCAUCACACCAACUAUACACACCAUAGUCUAGUGUAUAAAUCGUGAUAACCUUUUUCUUUCAGGGACGUCCUGUGAAAUUUUACCAUCUGCUUAUUAGAAGAUUUUCCAGACGAUUGUGGCGUUACAGAAGAUAAUAUAAUUCAUUUCAUCUAAAUCAGUGAGUCAGCAAAAAUUGAAUACUAAGAAUAUUAGUAAACAGAAUGUCUGCCAAUAAUGAUAGUACAAAUAAUAACACCUGUGUUGUGUGUUAUAAAAAUGUUGAUAUUUAUAGCAUUGGUAUGUGUGAACAUCCUGUUUGUUAUGAAUGCAGUACUAGGAUGAGAGUACUCUGCUGUCAAAAUGAAUGUCCAAUUUGUCGUCAAGAUUUACCAAAAGUUGUAUUUACAAGGGAAAUAAAACCAUUUUGCCAUUUACGUAAAGGCCAUUUAGCAGAUACACGAUAUAAUAUUUAUUUUGAUACAUCUAACAUUCAAAGUAAAUUUUACGACUUAUUGGCUAAUACUUGCAACAUUUGUGAAGAAAAACCUGUGUUUAAUAAUUUUAAUAGUCUUAAAGAUCAUAUGAGACAUCGACAUGAGCUACAUUAUUGCGACCUCUGUGUAGAAAAUUUAAAGAUUUUUUCCCAUGAGAGACGUUGUUAUACAAGAUCUGAUCUUGCACAGCAUAGAAGAAAAGGUGAUAUUGAUGACAAAAGUCAUAAAGGACAUCCACUAUGUGAAUUUUGUGAUCAACGUUAUAUGGAUAACGAUGAGCUAUUUAGACACUUAAGACGAGAUCAUUUGUAUUGUCACUUUUGUGAUGCAGAUGGUUUGCAUCAGUAUUACAGCUCUUAUGAUUAUCUCAGAGAUCAUUUUAGGCAAGAGCAUUACUUAUGCGAGGAAGGACUGUGCUCCGAAGAAAAAUUCACAAGUGUAUUUAGAACUGACAUAGAUCUUAAAGCGCAUAAAGCGAAUGUUCAUAGUAAACAAUUAAGCAAAGCAGCUGCAAAGCAAGCAAGAACAUUGGAAUUAGAAUUUACUCUAGCUCCACGAGGUGAUAAUCGAAUGAAUAGAAGAGGAAUGUUAGGUGCAUCAACUUCCAGGAAUUCAAGAGAUUAUGGUGGGAGAGAUUAUAAUCUCAGGGAAUAUCAACAAACAGUAAUGCCAAACAGUUCAAAUGUUUUUGUAACAAACAACGAACCUACUUUUGUAAGGCAGCCAUCUGUAGAUGUACAGAGUACCGAAGAGUUUCCAACAUUGGGUAAUGCUACACCUGUUGUACCUACCUUAAAUCAAGCUAAAGGUAGGGGAAAUGUAACAAUUCGUAGUACUAUACGACCACAGCCCUUGGCUGUUACAGAUGAAAAUUUCCCAGCAUUAGGAUUGGAAUCAGCCGGUAUUUCAAAAACUGUUAACUUCAGUGUAUCCAGUGGUAAUACUUUAGGAUCAGGUGCUCAGCCUCAGAAGGGUACAACUUCCAAUGUCUCUAUUCAAGUAAAUCACGAAGCAAAUGGAACCGUUACUACUAAAGUUUCAGGUCCUAAUAUUAGAAUUCGACCUGCAAAACUUUCAAUGGAAUCUGAUUUCCCUGCACUAGGUACUUCAGAACCGUCAGCUAGUAAUAAUAAUUCAGCACAGUGGAAAGAAGUUCUACAAUGGACAUGUUCCAAGUCAGCAUCAACAUCUGUACCAAAACCUAAGAAAGUUGCGUCGCCACCACUAGUACCCUCUCCACCACCUAUUCAGUCUGGAGAAGACUUUCCUAUAUUAUCAAAGUCGUCUAAAUCAAAGAAACAAUCAACAAUUACGGUAGUACCUUCCUGGGGUCAACCACAGAGUUCUAAUAACAGUAACAAUGUGAAAACAACUACCGACUUAACAAAGGGAAAAGCAAAGAAGAAAAAAGUUAAGCAAAAUUCUAGUACUAAUAGUAAUGAUAUUAGUAGUUCAAAAACAAAUGUAAAUACUGUUGUUGUAAAAAAGGAAAGUGAAACAGCUAAAACAUCUAAGAAUCCAUGUAGCAUAGACACUGUAAAUGCUAUACAAUCAAGUUCCCAAUCUGCACAAAGUACAGAUAAUGUAGCUAACACUGAGAACUCGUCAAAAAAUAUAAAUGUACAACAGUCAAAAGAGGUGGAACAUGCUAAUAAGAAAGAAAAGAAGAAGCAUAAAAAUUCUGAUAACCAAACAAUUGUAAAUACAAAUAAUGAUAAUAGUACCUCAAAUGGAGUACAGAGAAAACGUACUGAACUGAAAAUAGAUAGUUUAAAUUCUACUAACAGAAAUGCUCGUCAUUUAGAAGAUUUUCCAGCUUUAGGUACUAGCAGUUCUAUGCCACCAGGCUUUACAAAUCCACCACCUGGAUUUGGAACAACGACUCCUCCACCACCUGGUUUUUGUAUAAAAUACAAUAGUAUGGAUAAAAUAAACAAUAGUAAUGGAUUAACAUUUACAAACAGUUCUGGAGAGAGUUAUUCUAUUUUACCAAAUGAUAAGCACAAUAGUGCCUACAAUUAUGUUCCUUCUCCAGAUUUUCAAAAACGAAACAAAUGCCUUGUGGCUAAAGUCAAUGAAGUUUUAAUGCAACAAGAUCAAAUUGAGGAAUUUCGAUAUAUCAGUGGAUUGUUUCGCCAAGGAAUGUGUAAUGCACAAGAUUAUUAUACGCAUUGCCGUGAAGUUAUGGGUCUCAGCGCUUUUGAAAGUGUAUUUCUAGAACUUCUGGUUCUUCUACCUGAUAUCGCAAAACAGCAAGAACUAUUUAAAGUCCACGAAAAAGAAAGUGGUAAUAAGAUUGAAGGUUUAGAAAUUUGUGCUACUUGUAAUCAAGUUUUGAAAAGCGGUUCCGAUUUUCGAACACACAUGACUAGUCAUACAUUAGAAAAUCAUUUUCCAGCACUUGGUAAAUCCAGUGUGCAACUUCAAAAAAAUUCUUGGGUACGUAAAUGAGUAUGUGUUCUUUUAAGUUAAUUUACAAUGUCUGCCAAGAUACUAUAAGAUGUGAAUAAAGGAGUUAUGACGAACGAAUUAUUUUUAUGGAUGGUAUCAGUGUAAUAUAAUCAUUAACUCAAGGUUAGAGUAUAUGGUACAUAUUCCAACUA